AAGAAAGAGGGCACUAGUGUACAGCCCAGAUCGCAUCCUUGCACCGUCUGGAUUAGAGCUGAGGCGUCUGCAAGCCGAGCGUGGCCACGGUCCUCUGGCCCCGGGACCAUAGCGCUGUCUACCCCGACUCAGGUACUCAGCAGCAUCUAGCUCACCGCUGCCUACACGACUUCCACUGUACUCUUGAUCAAUUUACCUUGAUGCACUACCGGUGAAGAACGGGGAUUCGAAUUCCCUUACAAACGCCUCCAGCUUGUAGAGGCGGUCGUGGAGGACCCAGAGGAGGAGACGAAGGGGAAGGAGGCGGUGGUGGAGGAGGCAAAGGCCUUGGACGACCAUUGUUGGCGAGGGGCACCACUCCGGGAGAGGCGGCGCUGGGCGUCUUGGGGGUGCGCGCCGGGAGCCUGCAGCGGGACCAGCGUGGGAACGCGGCUGGCAGGCUGUGGACCUCGUCCUCACCACCAUGGUCGGGCUCCUCUUGUUUUUUUUCCCAGCGAUCUUUUUGGAGGUGUCCCUUCUCCCCAGAAGCCCCGGCAGGAAAGUGUUGCUGGCAGGAGCGUCGUCUCAGCGCUCGGUGGCCAGAAUGGACGGAGAUGUCAUCAUUGGAGCCCUCUUCUCAGUCCAUCACCAGCCUCCGGCCGAGAAAGUGCCCGAGAGGAAGUGUGGGGAGAUCAGGGAGCAGUAUGGCAUCCAGAGGGUGGAGGCCAUGUUCCACACGUUGGAUAAGAUCAACGCGGACCCGGUCCUCCUGCCCAACAUCACCCUGGGCAGUGAGAUCCGGGACUCCUGCUGGCACUCUUCCGUGGCUCUGGAACAGAGCAUUGAGUUCAUUAGGGACUCUCUGAUUUCCAUUCGAGAUGAGAAGGAUGGGAUCAACCGGUGCCUGCCUGACGGCCAGUCCCUCCCCCCAGGCAGAACUAAGAAGCCCAUUGCGGGAGUGAUCGGUCCCGGCUCCAGCUCUGUAGCCAUUCAAGUGCAGAACCUGCUCCAGCUCUUCGACAUCCCCCAGAUCGCUUAUUCAGCUACAAGCAUCGACCUGAGUGACAAAACUUUGUACAAAUACUUCCUGAGGGUUGUCCCUUCUGACACUUUGCAGGCAAGGGCCAUGCUUGACAUAGUCAAACGUUACAAUUGGACCUAUGUCUCUGCAGUCCACACGGAAGGGAAUUAUGGGGAGAGCGGAAUGGACGCUUUCAAAGAGCUGGCUGCCCAGGAAGGCCUCUGCAUCGCCCAUUCUGACAAAAUCUACAGCAACGCUGGGGAGAAGAGCUUUGACCGACUCUUGCGCAAACUCCGAGAGAGGCUUCCCAAGGCUAGAGUGGUGGUCUGCUUCUGUGAAGGCAUGACAGUGCGAGGACUCCUGAGCGCCAUGCGGCGCCUUGGCGUCGUGGGCGAGUUCUCACUCAUUGGAAGUGAUGGAUGGGCAGACAGAGAUGAAGUCAUUGAAGGUUAUGAGGUGGAAGCCAACGGGGGAAUCACGAUAAAGCUGCAGUCUCCAGAGGUCAGGUCAUUUGAUGAUUAUUUCCUGAAACUGAGGCUGGACACUAACACGAGGAAUCCCUGGUUCCCUGAGUUCUGGCAACAUCGGUUCCAGUGCCGCCUUCCAGGACACCUUCUGGAAAAUCCCAACUUUAAACGAAUCUGCACAGGCAAUGAAAGCUUAGAAGAAAACUAUGUCCAGGACAGUAAGAUGGGGUUUGUCAUCAAUGCCAUCUAUGCCAUGGCACAUGGGCUGCAGAACAUGCACCAUGCCCUCUGCCCUGGCCACGUGGGCCUCUGCGAUGCCAUGAAGCCCAUCGACGGCAGCAAGCUGCUGGACUUCCUCAUCAAGUCCUCAUUCAUUGGAGUAUCUGGAGAGGAGGUGUGGUUUGAUGAGAAAGGAGACGCUCCUGGAAGGUAUGAUAUCAUGAAUCUGCAGUACACUGAAGCUAAUCGCUAUGACUAUGUGCACGUUGGAACCUGGCAUGAAGGAGUGCUGAACAUUGAUGAUUACAAAAUCCAGAUGAACAAGAGUGGAGUGGUGCGGUCUGUGUGCAGUGAGCCUUGCUUAAAGGGCCAGAUUAAGGUUAUACGGAAAGGAGAAGUGAGCUGCUGCUGGAUUUGCACGGCCUGCAAAGAGAAUGAAUAUGUGCAAGAUGAGUUCACCUGCAAAGCUUGUGACUUGGGAUGGUGGCCCAAUGCAGAUCUAACAGGCUGUGAGCCCAUUCCUGUGCGCUAUCUUGAGUGGAGCAACAUCGAAUCCAUUAUAGCCAUCGCCUUUUCAUGCCUGGGAAUCCUUGUUACCUUGUUUGUCACCCUAAUCUUUGUACUGUACCGGGACACACCAGUGGUCAAAUCCUCCAGUCGGGAGCUCUGCUACAUCAUCCUAGCUGGCAUCUUCCUUGGUUAUGUGUGCCCAUUCACUCUCAUUGCCAAACCUACUACCACCUCCUGCUACCUCCAGCGCCUCUUGGUUGGCCUCUCCUCUGCGAUGUGCUACUCUGCUUUAGUGACUAAAACCAAUCGCAUUGCACGCAUCCUGGCUGGCAGCAAGAAGAAGAUCUGCACCCGGAAGCCCAGGUUCAUGAGUGCCUGGGCUCAAGUGAUCAUUGCCUCAAUUCUGAUUAGUGUGCAACUAACCCUGGUGGUAACCCUGAUCAUCAUGGAACCCCCUAUGCCCAUUCUGUCCUACCCAAGUAUCAAGGAAGUCUAUCUUAUCUGCAAUACCAGCAACCUGGGUGUGGUGGCCCCUUUGGGCUACAAUGGACUCCUCAUCAUGAGCUGUACCUACUAUGCCUUCAAGACCCGCAACGUGCCCGCCAACUUCAACGAGGCCAAAUAUAUCGCCUUCACCAUGUACACCACCUGUAUCAUCUGGCUAGCUUUUGUGCCCAUUUACUUUGGGAGCAACUACAAGAUCAUCACAACUUGCUUUGCAGUGAGUCUCAGUGUAACAGUGGCUCUGGGGUGCAUGUUCACUCCCAAGAUGUACAUCAUUAUUGCCAAGCCUGAGAGGAAUGUCCGCAGUGCCUUCACCACCUCUGAUGUUGUCCGCAUGCAUGUUGGCGAUGGCAAGCUGCCCUGCCGCUCCAACACUUUCCUCAACAUCUUCCGAAGAAAGAAGGCAGGGGCAGGGAAUGCCAAGAAGAGGCAGCCAGAAUUCUCGCCCACCAGCCAAUGUCCGUCGGCACAUGUGCAGCUUUGAAAACCCCCACACUGCAGUGAAUGUUUCUAAUGGCAAGUCUGUGUCAUGGUCUGAACCAGGUGGAGGACAGGUGCCCAAGGGACAGCAUAUGUGGCACCGCCUCUCUGUGCACGUGAAGACCAAUGAGACGGCCUGCAACCAAACAGCCGUCAUCAAGCCCCUCACUAAAAGUUACCAAGGCUCUGGCAAGAGCCUGACCUUUUCAGAUACCAGCACCAAGACCCUUUACAACGUAGAGGAGGAGGAGGAUGCCCAGCCGAUUCGCUUUAGCCCGCCUGGUAGCCCUUCCAUGGUGGUGCACAGGCGCGUGCCAAGCGCGGCGACCACUCCGCCUCUGCCGCCCCACCUGACCGCAGAGGAGACCCCCCUCUUCCUGGCCGAACCAGCCCUCCCCAAGGGCUUGCCCCCUCCUCUCCAGCAGCAGCAGCAACCCCCUCCACAGCAGAAAUCGCUGAUGGACCAGCUCCAGGGAGUGGUCAGCAACUUCAGUACCGCGAUCCCGGAUUUUCACGCGGUGCUGGCAGGCCCCGGGGGUCCCGGGAACGGGCUGCGGUCCCUGUACCCGCCCCCGCCACCUCCGCAGCACCUGCAGAUGCUGCCGCUGCAGCUGAGCACCUUCGGGGAGGAGCCGGUCUCCCCGCCCGCGGACGACGACGACGACAGCGAGAGGUUUAAGCUCCUCCAGGAGUACGUGUAUGAGCACGAGCGGGAAGGGAACACGGAAGAAGACGAACUGGAAGAGGAGGAGGAGGACCUGCAGGCGGCCAGCAAACUGACCCCGGAUGAUUCGCCUGCGCUGACGCCUCCGUCGCCUUUCCGCGACUCGGUGGCCUCGGGCAGCUCGGUGCCCAGCUCCCCCGUGUCCGAGUCGGUGCUCUGCACCCCUCCCAACGUAUCCUACGCCUCUGUCAUUCUGCGGGACUACAAGCAAAGCUCUUCCACCCUGUAAGGGGGAAGGGUCCACAUAGAAAAGCAAGACAAGCCAGAGAUCUCCCACACCUCCAGAGAUGUUCAAACAGCUGGGAGGAAAAGCCUGGAAGUGGGGGGCCUCGUCGGGAGGACAGGAGACCGCUGCUGCUGCUGCCGCUACUGCUGCUGCUGCCUUAAGUAGGAAGAGAGGGAAGGACACCAAGCAAAAAAUGUUCCAGGCCAGGAUUCGGAUUUUUGAAUUACUCGAAGCCUUCUCUGGGAAGAAAGGGAAUUCUGACAAAGCACAAUUCCAUAUGGUAUGUAACUUUUAUCACAAAUCAAAUAGUGACAUCACAAACAUAAUGUCCUCUUUUGCACAAUUGUGCAUAGAAAUAUAUAUGCCCACACACACUGGGCCAUGCUUGCCAAGGAACAGCCCACGUGGACAUGCCAGUCGGAUCAUAAGUUCACCUGAUGGCAUUCGGAGUGAGCUGGUGGAGCCAGACAGAGCAGGUGCGGGGAAGGGAAGGGCCCAGGCCAGACCCAUCCCAAACGGAUGAUGGGAUGAUGGGACAGCAGCUCCUUGCUCAGAAGCCCUUCUCCCCGCUGGGCUGACAGACUCCUCAUCUUCAGGAGACUCAGGAAUGGAGCGGCACAGGGGUCUCUCUUCAUCCACCGCAACCCAUCCAGUGCCAGCUUUGAGAUUGCACUUGAAGAAAGGUGCAUGGACCCCCUGCUGCUCUGCGGAUUCCCUUUAUUUAGGAAAACAGGAAUAAGAGCAAAAUUAUCACCAAAAAGUGCUUCAUCAGGCGUGCUACAGGAGGAAGGAGCUAGAAAUAGAACAAUCCAUCAGCAUGAGACUUUGAAAAAAAAACCACAUGAUCAGCUUCUCAUGUUCCAUAUUCACUUAUUGGCGAUUUGGGGAAAAGGCCGGAACAAGAGAUUGUUACGAGAGUGGCAGAAACCCUUUUGUAGAUUGACUUGUGUUUGUGCCAAGCAGGCUUUCCAUUGACCUUCAGUUAAAGAACAAACCAUGUGACAAAAUUGUUACCUUCCACUUACUGUAGCAAAUAAUACCUACAAGUUGAACUUCUAAGAUGCGUAUAUGUACAAUUUGGUGCCAUUAUUUCUCCUACGUAUUAGAGAAACAAAUCCAUCUUUGAAUCUAAUGGUGUACUCAUAGCAACUAUUACUGGUUUAAAUGACAAAUAAUUCUAUCCUAUUGUCACUGAAGUCCUUGUAACUAGCGAGUGAAUGUGUUCCUGUGUCCUUGUAUAUGUGCGAUCGUAAAAUUUGUGCAAUGUAAUGUCAAAUUGACCUGUCAAUGUCAACCUAGUAGUCAAUUUAACUGCAAUUAGAAAUUGUCUUUUGAAUAUACUAUAUAUAUUUUUUAUGUUCCAAUAAUGUUUUAUACAUCAUUGUCAUCAAUAUCUACAGAAGCUCUUUGAAGGUUUGAAUACUAUGGCUCAAUGUUUUCAUAUGCAGCUUGGAUGGACAUUUUUCUUCUAAGAUGGAACUUAUUUUUCAGAUAUUUUCUGAUGUGGAGAUAUGUUAUUAAUGAAGUGGUUUGAAAAUUUGUUAUAUUAAAAGUGCACAAAAACUGAGAGUGAAAAUAAAAGGUACAUUUUAUAAGCUUGCACACAUUAUUAACACAUAAGAUUGAAUAAAGCAUUUAGAUUAUUCCAGGUUAUAUCAUUUUUUUAAAGAUUUUUCACAGCUACUUGAGUGUCUAACAUACAGUAACAUCUAACUCAGCUAAUAAUUUGUAAAAUCUUUAUCAAUCACAUUUUGCCUUCUUUUAAUUUUUAUGUUCAUGGACUUUUAUUCCUGUGUCUUGGCUGUCAUAACUUUUUAUUUCUGCUAUUUGCUGUUGUGUAAUAUCCAUGGACAUGUAAUCCACUUACUCCAUCUUUACAAUCCCUUUUUACCACCAAUAAAAGGAUUUUUCUUGCUGUUUUGAUUUCUCCUAUUAUUUGUGGAAUGAAUUCUACCCCCCUUAAAUAUCUUUGUUUAUGCCUUAUGUUCAGUCAUAUUUUAAUAUGCUUCCUUCAUAUUGAAGCUGCUGAUUUCUCAGCCAAAAAUCAUCUUAGAAUCUUUAAAUAUCCAUUGCAUCAUUUGUUCAGAAUUUAACAUCCAUUCCAAUGUUGGAGGCUUGUAUUACUUAUAUUUCAUCAUAUUCUAUUGCCAAGUUUAGUCAGUUCCACACCAAGAAUGAACUGCAUUUCCUUUAAAAAUUAUUUUAAAACACCUUUAUUGAAAAGAUCUCAUGACUGAGAUGUGGACUUUGGUUCCAUGUUUUCAUUGUAAGAAAGCAGAGAGCGGAAAAUCAAUGGCUCCAGUGAUUAAUAGAUGGGUUUUUAGUAAUUGACAAAUUCAUGAGGGAAAGCAUAUGAUAUCUUUAUUAGUGAAUCAUGUUUAUUUUUUACUCUUAAUGCCACUAAUAUACAUCCCUAAUAUCACAGGGCUUGUGCAUUCAGAUUUUUAAAAAAUUAGGAUAGAUAAGGAAACAACUUAUAUUCAAGUGUAAGAUGAUAUCAGGUUGAUCUAAGACUUUUGGUGAACACGUUCAUUCAACUGUGAUCACUUUAUUACUCUGAAUGCCUACUAUUAUCCUGAUUAUGGGGUCUCCUGAAUAAAUAGAGUAUUAGUCCUUAUGUCAUCAUUGUUCAAAAUUGGAGAUGUACACAUACAUAUCCUAUACCAAGAGGGCCGAAACUCUUCACCUUGAUGUAUGUUCUGAUACAAGUUGUUCAGCUUCUUGUAAAUGUGUUUUCCUUUGGCUUGUUACUGCCUUUUGUCAAAUAAUCUUGACGAUGCUGUAUAAUAAAUAUUUUCUAUUUAUUAAA